AGUUAGACGAUUCUUUUUACAAAGAUAUGGAAUUUGGGACCGGCGGAAUGCGUGGGGUCAUGGGCGUAGGAACCAACCGUCUGAAUAAAUAUACCUUAGGACGAGCUACGCAGGGGCUUUCUAAUUAUUUAUUGGAACAAUUUCCUAAUCAACCGAUUUCCGUAGCGAUUGCUCACGACGUUCGGCACAACAGUAAAGAAUUUGCAAAACUCGUAGCGGAUGUUUUUACGGCUAACGGAAUCAAGGUGUAUCUUUUUGAAGAUUUUCGUCCUACCCCUGAAUUAUCGUUCGCCGUUCGAGACUUAGGCUGCCAAGCCGGAAUUGUACUUACCGCCUCUCAUAAUCCUCCGGAAUACAACGGAUAUAAAGUGUAUUUUAACGACGGCGGACAAGUAGUUCCUCCGCACGAUAAAAACAUUAUUAAUAAAGUAUAUGAACUUGAUUUUUCAGAUAUUAAAUUUAAUGGAAACGAAGACUUAAUUGUUUAUACCGGAAAAGAAAUAGAUGAAAAAUUUUUAAAUGCAAGUCUAAAAUACGGUUCUUACAACAAAGACGCAAAUGCCGAUUUAAAAAUAGUUUUUACUUCUAUUCACGGGACUACCAAUACCCUUAUUCCCGAAGUACUCAAACGAGCCGGAUUUACCCAAGUAACUGUUGUAGAAGAACAAGCCGUACCCAGCGGGGAUUUUCCUACGGUAAAAUCUCCUAAUCCCGAAGAACCCGAAGCUCUAUCGAUGGCAAUAAAUAAAGCCAAUCAAAUCGGGGCGGACUUAGUAGUAGGAACAGAUCCCGACGGCGACCGAUUAGGGAUUGCUGCUCGAAAUUCAAAAGGAGAACUCCAAAUUUUAAACGGAAAUCAAACCAAUACCUUACUAACCUAUUAUCUUCUGAAUCUUUGGAAAGAACAAGGGAAAAUUACGGGAAAAGAAUUUAUAGGUUCUACCAUUGUUACCUCCGAUAUUUUCUUCCCUUUAGCGGAACUAUUUGGAGUUACUUGUAAAGCAGGACUUACCGGUUUUAAAUGGAUUGGAAAAAUGAUUUUAGAUGCGGAAGGUAAAGAGAAAUUUAUUUGCGGGGGAGAAGAGAGUUUCGGUUUUAUGGUGGAUGAUUUUGUUCGAGAUAAAGAUUCCGUAACCGCCACCUUACUUGCCUGUGAAGUGGCUGCUCAAGCAAAAAAACAAGGAAAAACCCUUUUUGAUGUUUUAUCGGAAAUCUAUACAAAAACCGGUUAUUAUUUGGAAGAUUUAAUUUCGGUAACUAAAAAAGGAAAAGACGGAUUGGCGGAAAUCGCUCAAUUAAUGGAAAAUUACCGAAACCAACCUCCGGCAGAAUUUAACGGGUCAAAAGUCAUUAAAUUAGACGAUUACGAAAAAUCAGUCUCUAAAAAUUUACUUACCGGCGAGGAAACUCCCAUUGAGAUUCCGAAGUCCAAUGUACUUAUUUUUUACACCGAAGAUGGGAGUAAGAUUGCCUGUCGUCCCUCCGGAACCGAGCCAAAAAUCAAUAAAAGACAACAAAAAGUUUCCAAUCAGAUUCAGCAAGAACUCUCGGAGAUUUUUAGGAAACAAGCGGGUGAAUCACCCAUUAAAAAUACUAUAAUUACGGUUACUCACGCAAAAGUAACUUCGGAUUUAAGUAUUUGCAAAGUAUAUCUAAGCGUUUUUCCUACGGAAAACCGAGAGAGGAUUUUAUCUGAAAUUAAGGAUAAUACUUCUCUAUAUCGAAAAUAUAUUGGAGAUAAAUUA